AAGUCUAUGUAUAAUGGCGUUGCCGGUUCUUCCGUCCUAAGCGAACGAUUGCAAACGAUCCCAACGAUACCAUCGUGUCUUGUCGCUUUCAUGUUGUAAAACUACAGAAUGACGGACGACGUGGUGGUUUUGGAUGAAACUGUUCAGAAGGAAGAAGAGGUAGCUCAUUUUCAAGCUCCUGCUAUUCAACAUAAUCCUAACGGAUGGGGUCCAUGUGAAUUACCAGAUCAAUUCAAGGAUAUACCUUAUCAACCAUUCUCGAAAGGCGACAGAUUGGGCAAGAUAUCUGACUGGACCACACCAGCAUUCCAAGAUAAAAAGUUUCCGAACAAGUAUACAUCACAGUUUGGCUCCGGCAGUCAAUAUGCAUACUAUCACGACGAAGAUGAAACAACUUUCCACCUGGUCGAUACAACCCGUGUACAGAAGCCACCAUACCAACGUGGUGGUCGCUUCCGACAUAACCAAAGGAAUCUACGCGGUCGUGGUGGCCAGCGCGGUGCGUUGAGUCAGAUGCAGCAACUUGGUAAAUUAAAACUCCGUGAAAGAGAACGCAAAGGUCAAACGAAACGCUGGGGUAGACAGCAAGGUUUACGGAAUCAUAAAAAUCAGCCACCGAUCAAAAUUCGCGAUGCAUCUGUUACUGUGAGACCCGACUGGGUAACCAUCGAAGAAAUGGACUUCCCACGCUUAGCAAAACUGUCUUUACCUAGCGUAAAGGAUGGGGAAGAUAUUUUGUGUUGCGGAUCUCUUGAGUAUUAUGAUAAAACUUACGAUAGAGUAAAUGUCAAGAGCGAAAAACCAUUGCAAAGAAUUGACAGAAUUUUCCAUACGGUUACCACUACUGACGAUCCAAUAAUUCGUAAGCUCUCAAAAACAGAGGGAAAUGUUUAUGCUACCGAUGCAAUUUUGGCAACAAUUAUGUGCUGCACUCGUAGUAACUACUCUUGGGACAUUGUAAUCGAGAAAAUUGGAGAUAAAUUAUUCUUUGACAAGCGAGACAACACAGAAUUUGAUUUGCUAACUGUGAAUGAAACCAGUGUUGAGCCACCUCAGGAUGACGGAAACUCUUUGAAUUCUCCUAGAAAUUUAGCUUUAGAAGCUACAUUUAUCAAUCAUAACUUUUCUCAGCAAGUGCUGAAGUCCAAUGAGCCUCGAUAUAAAUUCGAGGAAGGGAACCCAUUUAUUUCGGAAGAAGAAGAAGGCGAUGUUGCUAGUGUUGCAUACCGAUACAGAAAAUGGGACUUAAAUAAUGGAAUUGUUCUAGUCGCAAGAUGUGAACAUGAUGCAGUAAUGCAAGGACCUAAUAAUGAAAUGCAAUUUUUAACGAUCAAGGCAUUAAAUGAAUGGGAUUCAAAGUUGGCCAAUGGCGUUGAGUGGAGACAGAAAUUAGACACGCAACGUGGUGCUGUAUUGGCAAACGAAUUGCGUAAUAAUGCAUGUAAAUUAGCCAAAUGGACUGUCCAAGCAUUAUUAGCAGGUUCGGAUCAGUUGAAGUUUGGUUAUGUAUCGAGGGCAAUGGUUAGAGACUCCAGUAAACAUGUUAUUCUUGGUACUCAGCAGUAUAAACCGAAUGAAUUUGCAACGCAAAUCAAUCUUAACAUGGACAACGCUUGGGGUAUUUUGCGGUGUAUUAUUGAUAUUUGUAUGAAGCAAAAAGAUGGCAAAUACCUCAUUAUGAAAGAUCCGAAUAAGCCAAUGAUAAGGCUUUAUGAUAUUCCGGAUAAUACAUUUGAAAGCGAAGGAGAGGAAGAUGAGGAUGACGAUGAGCCUGUUAACGACGCUUUCCAAAGUUAAUAGAGAUUUUAAAUUUACAUCUCAAUUCCUUUGGAUCAUUGUCCUAAGUCAUCACAAUUUGUACUAUGAGCAUACCCUGUAAAACGAAAGAGUGGGCAAAUAAAAAAAUUUCAAUUGAA